AAUCAGGUAAUUGAAGAUGUAAGUUUUUGUGAUAUUUUAUAAAACGCGAAAAAACAUUCUUCAGAGUGUGGUUUGGUGAAGCAGUCCAUUGAUUCCUAAACAGGAAGUAAAUUUGUUGUGGGAAUUGCGCCUCGUUGGAUUAUUUCUCCAUGGUGGCCACUGCCCGGUGAGUGUUGGUAGUUUUGGGUGUGACACAUGGACUUUCUCUUUCCCCACACCAGUCGUCUCCAGCCCGCGGGGGUCUCUGUCUCUGGGCCAGGCGAAAGAUAAUACCCUAGAUGUUUUGAAGACCGACACGCGCAGUCCCGCCUACCUAUGAUGACGUAUCCUCCCAAUAACAAGCCCUCUGAUUGGUCAAGCGUCUCGCGGCCGACGGGGCUAACAUUUCUGAAUGGCUUUCAAAUGGACCGAGACGUGGAAUGACUAAUAAUGUUUUAUCAGCACUUGAGCACAAGUCGUUUUUAUUUGAUGUGACAUUCUCCAGGACUGGAUUGUAAAGGGGGACACGAUGUCGAACGCUGGUGGUGCUCGCAGUCCGGGCCAGCUGAAUACAUUCAAGAGACUGACAAGCAGGCCGCCGCACGGUCUUCGCACUCCCCCCGCACGCAGUGGGCAUCGCUGCGUUGCUGACAACACUAACCUGUAUGUAUUUGGAGGGUACAACCCCGACUACGAUGAGUCAGGAGGCUCAGACAAUGAAGAUUAUCCACUGUUCAGGGAGCUUUGGAGGUACCACUUUGCAACAGGCUGCUGGCAGCAGAUUCGAACAGAGGGCUACAUGCCCACAGAGCUGGCGUCUAUGUCAGCUGUUUUGCACGGCAACAACCUCCUGGUGUUCGGAGGCACUGGGAUCCCCUUUGGUGAAAACAAUGGCAACGACGUUCAUGUUUGUAACGUGAAUUACAAGCGAUGGUCCCUGCUCAACUGCCGUGGGAAAAAGCCCAACAGAAUCUAUGGACAGGCAAUGGUCAUUAUAAAUGGCUUCCUGUACGUGUUUGGAGGGACGACGGGGUACAUCUAUAGCACAGACCUGCACAGGCUGGACCUGACCACCAGGGAGUGGAGCCACCUUAAGCCCAACAACCCUCCUGACGACCUGCCUGAAGAACGGUACAGGCAUGAAAUAGCACAUGACGGACAGAGGAUCUACAUCCUGGGAGGGGGAACUUCCUGGACGUCUUAUCCUCUAGACAAGGUGCAUGCGUACAAUCUGGAGACCAAUUCCUGGGAGGAGAUUAAUACUAAACCUCAUGACAAAAUAGGCUACCCUGCUCCUCGGAGAUGCCAUAGCUGUGUGCAAAUACGAGAUGAUGUAUUUAUCUGUGGUGGUUACAACGGGGAAUUGAUAUUGGCUGAUCUGUGGAAGAUCAACCUUCAGACUUUCCAGUGGAGUAAACUACCAGCAGUGAUGCCUGAGCCGGCCUACUUCCACUGUGCUGCAGUCACCCCAGCUGGCUGCAUGUACAUCCAUGGCGGCGUGGUGAACAUUUUUGAGAACAAGCGGACUGGCUCCCUGUUUAAGAUCUGGCUGGCGGUGCCCAGCCUCCUGGAGCUUUGCUGGGAGAGGCUCCUCAAGGCUUUCCCCCACCUGUCUUCGCUCCCCACCAUGCAGCUGAUCAACCUGGGCCUAACACAGGAACUCAUUGAACGUUUGAAAUAAGCCGCACAGUGGAGGACGGACAGAAGUAUGGAUGAUAUGGGCUGAGCUGGAGUGGGAGGAGAUGAGGUCUGACGGCACAGAAGUUGAGUCACAGCAAAAUUCUCGGGAAUAUGCCCUCUCGCUCCCCUGCCCAACGUAGCCCCGCCUUAAAACCAAAAACAAUGGGAUGCCUUUUUCUUUGUUUUUGUUCUUAGUUUUUGCAGUUCCAGUGAUGACGGAGAAGAUACAUGUGGAAUGUGUUAUUCCUUACGUGAUGCCUUUGUGUCAAACUAAGUAUGAAUUCCCACUUCUCAUCAGCCAAACUGUGACAGCUGGAAAUACUUAAUUUUGCCCAAAUUGUUUUUUGAAGACUGCCCUCACAUUUUUUAAAAUUCACCAUCUCUAGUACUUUUAAGAAUUCUGUGCAAAGGUUGAAUGCAUGUGUAUUUAUUUGAAGGACAAAAUCAGUUUUGGGGGAAUUCUCAUCAUCUGAUAUUGCUGUUUGCACACGUUGUCUUGGCAUUUACUUUUUUAACGGAUCAUGUAUUUCAUUCUAAAAAGUGGCAGAGAAUGGUUUUGCUUAAGGAUCAUGCCAGUGUUUUUGCACGUUUUAGUCAAUUUAAUACAAAUCUCAUAUAUACAUUUCAUUGCAGUUGUCAAUGUGUAUUGUUUUACAGUUUUAGUGUUUUUGUGACUUUCCAGGGAUCCCUUUUGUUUUCUCCAUAUGGUGAUAAUAUCGCCUUCCAGAAGCUUGAAAGUUGCUUGAGUUAAAUAGUCGUUUACAGACUUUCAUGUCUAUUUUUAUGGUUGAAGUUACAGUAUGUUAUCCUUGCAUAACUUUGACAUUAAUAAGAAAAUUAAAGUGAUUUCCAAUCUAGAAUUAAUUUUUUUUUCCCCUAGUUUUUAUAUUAUAUGAAGGUAAGCAAAUAUUUGCCCCCAGGUAAGGAAAAACAUAGUUAUGGUAUGCCUUGAAAAUGGUCAUGAGUAAUAUGUUAUUUGUGGUAAAUUGACUAGAACAUGUGAGAAGAAUGGUUAUAUGCUGAUUUUGACAAUUUCUGAGCCUUUGUAUUUUCAAUCAUCUUACAGCCUAGGCUGGAUAAUAGUGUGUAAAAAAACAAGCAAAACAAAUCAAGAUUGACAUUUCCAUUCAGUUUGCUUGCAGCUCUUAUUUGUAAACCAAACCAUACAACACAUCACUGUGAAUUUGGUGCUCUUUAAAAUUAAUUUAAAAUGCUUUUAUUCAAAUAAAGACUUACUGUAAUGCUGUUCAGACGUUUACUCCCUCUGUUUGGCAACAUCGAUCUGGUUUUGUUGGAGGGAGUUGCUUUAGUAGCAGGCUUGUACAAACAUCUGUGUAUACUGCAGUGCCUUUCAAACUUUUAAUGAGGUUGAAAUUUCACAAGUAUUGGCAGAAUACGAUCUUUUCUUGUUUAGGCAAAACAGGUUUUAUGUUGACAACUGAUCUUUUCUUUUUGCGUAAGUGAAACUUUUUUUAACCACCAGCCAUUACACGCAUCGUAAUCACUCUGCAUGCUGGCGGCCAAAAAUGACUAUGUCCUGCCGUGAUGUAGAACCGUGUGUUCUCUUCCUGUCAGUGACCAGAUGAAGUAACCCUCAGGACAGGAUGCAGCAUACAAAGUCUUUUGACUGUCAGUCCUACAAGAACUUGAGUAAUGUUUCAAGGAAAUAUUUUCAUUUAGUUGAACCCGAUGCCAAAUGAUAUUGCACCUUGAACAAAUAAUAAUAAUGAGGUCUGAACUUCUCAAAUGCUCAGUAAGUUUGGGAUGUUGCCAGAUGAUUUGAUGCCUCCCUCAAAUGCAUGAAUCUGCCUGCACUUCUUUACACCUUUUAUUUAUGUUCUGCAAACAAACUACUUGGUGCAUGAUGUCAUUACUAGCUACUUUUUAUAUCAACGUCAUCAGAUCUUUUCUUUGGGACAUAGUUUUUAAAAAGGUAAACAUUUAACUGUUGUACAGUAGACUUGUGUGAAUGUCAUGGUGAAAUAAAGGUAAUAAAAUGUAAA